CAUCUCGCCGGAAGUUGAGCCCGAGCCAGCCCCCAAAGGUAGCGGCUGCUCUCCUCCGCCUCCAGCCUCGGUGCCUCCGGCGCUCCCCGCGCGGCGGCUGCAGCCUACCCGGCCUGGCUGCCCCGGGAAAGGCGGUGGGAGGCGGGCGCGGCAGGUAACGCCCCGUGGGAAGGAAGGAAGGAAGGAAGGAGGGAGACAAAAGGCUUGGGAGCGGGGCCAUGCUGCACGAUGCCGGCGCCGAGGCGCCCCCUCCCCCGGCAGCCUCCCUCCCCCGGCGGCGCUAGGAGACCUUUCAAGUUGCAUGUCCCCCGAUGAGGAUCCCGCCCCGCGGCAGGAGGGACGGCGGGCGGAGGAGGAGAGGAAGGGGGGCCGCAUGCCGGCAUGGGGGCGCAGCCCCCGCGCUCCGCACCCGCCCAGCCCAGCCCUGAGCCUGGCCUGUGCGUGAAGCAGCGGAGCGGCACCGAUCGCGGAGAGGGAGCCGGCGGGGAGCGGGGAUGGGGCCGGAGCGCACCGCGGCGGCUGGCAGGGAUGGAUGCCGCCGCCUGUGUCCUGGGGGGCGCCGUGGGAGGUGAGCGCUGAGACCGGAGCCGCCCGCCGCGUGUGAGUGGAGCCAGGCGGAGGAGAGGCGCCCCCCGUUACCCGCUCCAUGGCGAACGCCAGCGAGCUCAGCCCGCACCUGCCCAGCCCCGGCGGCCUGCUCAGCGCCUCCGGCCUCAAGCUGGCCACGCUGGGCUUGAUCCUGUGCGUCAGCCUGGCCGGCAACGUGCUCUUCGCCUGGCUGAUCCUGAAGGACCGGCACUUGCACCGCGCGCCCUACUACCUGCUGCUGGACCUGUGCCUGGCCGACGCGCUGCGCUCGCUGGCCUGCUUCCCCUUCGUCAUGCUGUCGGUGCGCAGCGGGGCGGCCGCCUGGCCCCACGGGCCGCUCAGCUGCAAGGUGCUGGCCUUCCUGGCCGUCCUCUUCUGCUUCCACGCCGCCUUCCUGCUCUUCUGCGUGGGGGUGACCCGCUACAUGGCCAUCGCCCACCACCGCUUCUACGCCAAGCGCAUGACGGGCUGGACCUGCCUGGCCAUGGUGUGCAUGGUCUGGACCCUGGCCAUGGCCAUGGCCUUCCCGCCCGUCUUCGACGUGGGCACCUACAAGUUCAUCCGGGAGGAGGAGCAGUGCAUCUUCGAGCACCGCUACGUCAAGGCCAACGACACGCUGGGCUUCAUGCUCAUGCUGGCCGCUGUCAUCGCCGCCACCCACCUGGUCUACGUCAAGCUCCUCUUCUUCAUCCACGGCCACCGCAAGAUGAAGCCGGCCCAGCUCGUCCCGGCCAUCAGCCAGAACUGGACCUUCCACGGGCCGGGAGCCACCGGCCAAGCUGCUGCCAACUGGACGGCUGGCUUUGGCAGGGGCCCCACUCCUCCCACGCUGGUGGGCAUCAGGCAGGCCACCCACAGCCAGAUCAAGAGGCUGCUGGUGCUGGAGGAGUUCAAGAUGGAGAAGAGGAUCUGCAAGAUGUUCUACAUGAUCACCCUGCUCUUCCUGCUGCUCUGGUCCCCCUACAUCGUGGCCUGUUACCUGCGGGUCUUCAUCAAGGCCAGCACCAUCCCGCAGGUCUACCUGACUGCUUCGGUCUGGAUGACAUUUGCCCAGGCAGGAGUCAACCCCAUCCUGUGCUUCAUCUUCAACAAGGAGCUCAGGGUCUGCUUCAGAGCCCACUUCCCCUGCUGCCAAAGCAUACAGAGCACCCAGGGCACCAUCCUUUGUGAUCUCAAGAGCUUUGGCAUGUAGGGUCGCUUCUCUUUUAAUGGAAAAAAAAAAUAGAUCCUUUUCCAUAUUUCUGCAUAUGCACUCAAGGGAGUGCUGGUUCUGAGGAAAUUCAAAUCACCACCCUGCCCCCAAACUUUCAGCUCUAAGAAGCUAUUUUGUUUAUUUUUCUAUACUCUGCAUACACUAUCUUCAAAACAUAAGAGAUUGCUGCCUAUGGGCCACUUACAUGAACAAAAUACCCCCAACUUUAGGCUGUAAGAAGCAGUUUUAUUUAUUUGUCUUUGUGUGGUUUUUAAAAAACAAAACAGGGCUCCGAGUUUCUGGUCUUGCUUCUAACCUUUGUAGGUGUGAUUGCACCUGAUCUGGAUAAAAGGCCAUGGUAGUUUUAUCCCCUAUUCCUGUCGGUUUUGAUAAAGGCUUAACAAUUUUAUUCAAGAUUUGAUAAAGGCCAAGACAAAAUUUUAUACAAAAGUUAUUUUUGAUGACCUCAAAAGAUGUUGUUUUAUUAUUUGUUUUGAAGUCAAGAAGAGGAAGUUCCUAAAGUGUUCAGAAGCAGUGUUCAGUUUCUAUGGGGAGCUGUUGGGUUGACAGUCUCAAGUGAUUUUAAGUAUUGAAAGCAGUGAUGUAAUUUUUGCCUGAAAUGCAAACACAGUGUAGAACUAAUUUUAAUUUUCUUGUUGCACUACUCAUUUGGUAAUACUUCAGAAUUCUUUGUGAAAUGUGAUUUUAAAAUGAAUCUCAACUUUAAAAAUGAUCAAUUAUACCAGUUUUUAAACUAGAUUGAAUUAAUAUUUUACUGACUUUGUAGGAAGUUAUCUACAAAACUGGGUCACAUACUUGUACGUUUUGACUGUUUUCUUUAAUAAAAUACUGAAACUUUAUGAAAUUGUUUUAGAAUGGCAGAGUAGUGCUUUCUGACAAUUUGUGUGCAUUCAAAAUUGCAUGUCUCUUAUGUCUGAGUAUAAUUCACAGUUUAGGAUAUCGUGGAGAAGCAGAGAGUUCUCAUUUGCUGUUCAAACUCAUUUUAGGUACUUAUACCAAUAAAAGUGACUAAAGUAUUUUUAAA